AUGGCGCAGUGGUUCGGACUACCCUGGAGUCUGUGGAUAGGUGUGUUCGUCUGUUGUACCGGUUUGAUAGCUGGUAUCUGUCUGGCCGUCCUUGACUGGAUUGGAACCAAACAACUGGACGAGGAGGCGCGCAAACAGAUGGAAUCUAAGCCAAUAAGACUUGCAGAUCUAAAGAGUUUUCCAUCUUCCUACUGGUAUCUGAUCGUGAUGCUGACCUGUUUUUAUAGUUCUGUCAUUCCCUUUGUCUCGAAUGCAACAAAGUUUUUCCAGGACCGUUAUGGUUACUCGAAGACUGAUGCCUCAUACAUCAAUGGUGCCGUGUACGAUGUGUCGUUGUUGGCUCCGAUACUUGGCAAAAUAAUGGAGAAGCUGGACUGCCAUGGAAUUGUAGGAAUGACGGCAGCCUUACUGACCAUACCAGCGUAUCUGACGCUCGCUUAUGUGUCCCAGGUGUCGCCACUAGUUAUGUCCAUAUGGAUAGGAGUGACGUUUAACUGUAAUGCGAUAAUAUUGUGGCAAGUUAUGAUGUCUAUGAUUCCUCCGACCUCCUAUGGAACAGCAGCUGGUCUGGCCUCUAGUAGUAUGGGGAUAGGCAUGGGACUGUCUGCUCUCGUUGUGGGCACGAUACUGGGACACGAAGAGGAGAAAGACGUUGACGUUCGACUCCAGAAGUACCGUUACAUGUUGCUGAUGUUCGCCUGUCUCAGUGCAGUGUCGUUCAUAAGUGCGGUAUUCAUGAAUGUAUCCGACAUUCGAUCGGAAUGCAACAUAAACAGACGGCUACGGAAGGGUAAGACAUCACCAGAAAGGAAUGGAUCUGAGACUGAUCCACUGGUUUCUGACGAUAAAUCCAUCAAUAAAAUGUGA